GGAAUCGUUUCGCAUCGUCGGUCCGUGUCGUAAGCAAGCACUCCGGCUAUACUGAAUCGACCAUGGCUCAAGGACGGUUUGUGAACGCGAUCCAGAAAGUGAUGUCCAUGUUUUCGGUGCAGGCGCGGAUAGGUUCUGUUGUCCACAACGCGACCGAGGCCAAGCCCCAUCGGUCGUUGGGGUGGAAGUCCACAGUCACAAGUUACACCCACGUGCCCGCGGCACCCAAUCAUCGCGUGGUGCUCCACGUGACGGUGCCGCUCAAACUUCGCGCGCAGGUGUUGAAGAAGCAGCUGCAUCUGGUGUGCAUCACCGCCGGUCCGGGAGGCAUUUGGGUGAUCGAAAAGAUCACACCCGACGGCCGGGAGAUCCAGUGCCGCAGCGCCAUCCCCACCGACACGGGCACGUUUGAGUGGGAAGCUGUCGUCGACGGCGAUAGCAUGAUUGUGAGAAAUGUAACCACCGCCACCGUGCCCGUGGAGGUUGCGCUCGCGACACCGUUGAACUUUGAAAGUCGGCUCACGGUGUUUAGCUUGUUUGACGUCAACACGGUGAGUCAAGUGUUUCGAGCCGACGCCCGACUAGAGCUGAUGCUGCCAAAUAUCAGCCUCGCCAACGUCAAGCGCGAACACGUCGAGGCAUUUCUGAGCGCUCUGGGGAUCCACGAAGGCCACGCGGUGCAAUUUUUAAAUGUCGUCGACAUCAUCGGAGAGGUCGUCCACUCGAGUGAGUACGUGGAAAACGCGCUGCAAAGCGACACACACAUGGACUAUCGAUUGAUUUACCGCCUGCGCGCCAUCUUGACGGGGCAGUUUGUGUUGCACGCGUUCCCUUUUGACCAGCAAGAGAUGACGAUUCCGAUCCAGUUGCAUUUGCCCAGGGAACGAGCCGUGCUGGCCGUCAACUACCGCAACCCGAGCAUCUUCCAAGUGACCAACUUUCAGCUGUCGAACGUAUUUCACGUGGCGACGGGCAACUACGUCGUGGCGUCGGCCUUUUUCAGCGACAUCAACGAGAGCACGACCUCGGAAAUCUACCCCCGCAUGAACUUUUCCAUCCUGUUGCAGCGGCGGGGUGGGUACUACAUUACGCACAUUGUGAUUCCGGUCACGCUGAUCACGUACAUGGGGUUUCUGAGCUUUUGCCUGGACAACGAAGGCAAGACCAUCGACACGGGCGAGCGGCUGCUCAUCUCGGUCACGAUGGUGCUCACGGCCGUCACGUACAAGUUUGUCGUCGCGGGCGCCAUCCCCCAGAUCUCGUACCUGACCAUGCUGGACCACUACGUUUCGUUUAGUUUCUACUAUGUGUGCGCAAUCUCGGUGGCGAAUGCGUUUGUGAUGAUCGGCCACAACGGCGAAAGCAGGGCGUUCCACGUCAUGGUCACCAUGGCCGUCGUGUACACGGCGUACAACGUGUUGUGGGCGAUUUACUUUUACACGUGGAUCCGGCGGCGAGACCGCGCCAACGAAGCCAUGCUCAACUACCAUCGGGCAAGUGCACGGAAUCACAACCCCCCAUACUCUUCGAUGGUCGAGUCAUAUGAUGAUGACAUUAUUGCAGGUGCGAUUGAUGGUGACCAAAACGUUUCCCAACUCCAAGGAGGGGUUCCAAGGGCGCAUGUUUACUGAAAUGAUGAAGGAACUGGGCAUUGAAGAAGCCCACUUGGGCCAUCGAAAAAAGCAACCCAUAAACCACAAGGUCAGCAUCUUGCAUCCCACACACCACGCCAUCAAGAAGAUCCACCACUCGAUUGCACAGAGCGUGUCGGGGCCUCAAGAGCGUCAAAUAGUUGGCUAACCUACCAACUAAGAGGACACGUCCUGAGCAUACAUUUAAUAGUAGCAUCUGACUAACUGUAAAUUAGACAAGUCGUUAUUAAAAGUUAACAGUCGAUGAACCUGUAGA